AUGAGAUUAGAAUAUAGAGUUUUGGAAAUAGCAAAGAAUAAUGAACAAGAAUGUAAUUUUUUCUUUCUAGAUUUCAAUAAUCCAACUAAUUUCAGCCUUGAUACUACUCCUGCUACUUAUCAAAUAGUAGGUCAUAAUACUCCUGAUGAUUAUGCUAACAUAGUUUUAUUUGUGUGUGAUAGGUUAAAGAGAAAUAGAAAUAGGUGCUUUUGUAGUCAUUUAAAAGCUAAAUCAACUAAGCAAAUUUCUGAUAAAGAAUUACUUUCACAAGCAUUCAGUUCUCAUUUAGAAAUGAAAACUAGAGAGCUAAAAAAAGAGUUAUCAACUGCUAAAGAAGGGUUAAAAAUCGAAAGAGAAGAA